GCUUGCAUAUUACUUGUUACUAUUUUGAGACUCUCUCUCUAUAUAUAUAUUUAGAUUGGAAUUCUGUAACAUGCGCAGCGAUUUGCCAUUGUCGGCAAAUAAAUUACCCUUCUUUUCUCCCUCUCUUUCUUCCGCAAGGGAGCCACACAGCCUCCAGGGUCUCAUUGUGAAGUUCUGCUGAUCGAGGCAAACGAAUGGCGAAAAUCCCCAUUUUCUUUGUGGGGCUUCUGCUCCUUCGGUGUUGGUUCGCCUUGGCAGAGACGGAGCAUGCCAAGUAUAAAGAUCCAAAACAGCCAUUGAAUGUUCGGAUCAGGGAUCUCAUGAACAGGAUGACUCUGGAAGAAAAAAUAGGACAAAUGACGCAGAUUGAUCGCAGUGUCGCUUCUUAUGAGGUCAUGAACAAGUAUUUCAUCGGGAGCGUGCUAAGUGGAGGAGGAAGCGUGCCGAAGAAGAAGGCUUCAGCAGAGGAUUGGAUAAACAUGGUGAAUGAGUUUCAGAAGGGAGCUUUAGACACCAGGCUGGGAAUUCCAAUGAUUUAUGGGAUUGAUGCUGUUCAUGGCCAUAACAAUGUUUACGAGGCCACCAUUUUCCCUCACAACGUCGGCCUAGGAGCCACCAGGGACCCUGAACUUGUUAAAAAGAUUGGUGCUGCAACUGCUCUUGAAGUUAGGGCCACAGGAAUUCCCUAUGUCUUUGCACCUUGUAUUGCGGUCUGUAGAGAUCCAAGAUGGGGUCGAUGUUAUGAAAGCUACGGUGAAGAUCCUAAAUUAGUUCAGGCUAUGACUGAGCUUAUUCCAGGACUGCAAGGUAACAUGGCUCCUAACGAACGCAAGGGUGUUCCGUUCGUCGCUGGCAAAAAGAAUGUGGCUGCUUGUGCUAAGCAUUAUGUGGGUGAUGGUGGAACGACAGAAGGAAUCAAUGAGAACAAUACGGUCAUAAGCAGGCAUGGACUGCUUAGCCUUCACAUGGCAGGCUAUUAUACCUCAAUUAUUAAGGGCGUCUCAACUGUCAUGGUCUCUUACUCAAGCUGGAAUGGGGUAAAGAUGCAUGCUAAUCGUGACUUGGUCACUGGCUUUCUCAAGAACACUCUUCGUUUCAGGGGAUUUGUCAUUUCAGAUUGGCAGGGAAUUGACAGGAUUACAUCGCCACCUCAUGCUAACUACUCGUAUUCAAUUCAAGCUGGAAUCUCUGCUGGUAUUGACAUGAUAAUGGUUCCCUAUAACUACACAGAAUUCAUAGAUGGACUAACGUCACGGGUGAAGAAUAAAAUCAUACCCAUGAGCCGAAUUGACGAUGCUGUGAAGAGAAUAUUGCGGGUCAAGUUUAUAAUGGGCCUUUUUGAAAACCCAUUGGCUGAUCAAAGCCUUGUUAGCGAGCUUGGGAGUCAGAAGCAUAGAGCAUUGGCUAGAGAAGCCGUGAGAAAAUCACUAGUCCUAUUAAAGAACGGUGAAUCUGCAGAUAAGCCUUUGCUACCUCUUCCUAAAAAGACUAAAAAGAUACUUGUGGCUGGAAGCCAUGCAGAUAAUCUAGGUUAUCAAUGUGGUGGGUGGACCAUUGAGUGGCAAGGCCUUAGUGGCAACAAUCUCACCAGUGGAACCACAAUUCUGUCCGCCAUAAAAAGCACUGCGGACCCGAGUACCGAGGUAGUGUACAAGGAGAACCCAGAUGCAGACUUCGUGAAGUCUAAUGAUUUUUCAUAUGCCAUAGUAGUGGUGGGAGAGCAUCCAUAUGCAGAAACUGCAGGGGAUAGCCUGAAUUUGACAAUCCCUGAGCCAGGUCUAAGCACAAUAUAUAGCGUUUGUGGAGCCGUGAAAUGUGUUGUUGUUGUGAUUUCUGGUCGGCCUGUUGUUAUCCAACCAUAUCUGGAAUCCAUAGAUGCUCUAGUUGCUGCGUGGCUUCCAGGGUCAGAAGGUCAAGGUGUGGCGGAUGUGUUGUUCGGUGACUAUGGUUUCCGUGGGAAGCUUCCUCGGACAUGGUUCAAGACUGUUGAUCAGUUGCCAAUGAAUGUCGGAGAUGCUCAUUACGACCCACUCUUCCCUUUUGGAUUUGGGCUUACCACCAAACCCAACAAGGCCUCUUAGGCAUUCAACUCUUAGACAGAAAAAGUGAAGGAAAUGCUAUUGUUGGGUUAUAUUUGUUGUUAAUUAGCAAAUUAUUUUUUAUCACAACUAGUAGUAUUGAUGUGAUGCACAGGUCUUGUAUUAUAAUUUUUAUAAAUAAGUGUUGAUUUUAUGAAAAGAUAUUUCCUGAAAGAAUUACGUGUA